AUGCGCUGGCCCGUUUUAGCUCUGGCUGGGCCCUUGCUACAGGCUGCCCUGUCCGCAGCAUCCAGUCUCACGCCGCCUGUUCUUCCGUUGACCGUGAGAAAUCCAUAUUUCAGCACUUGGUUAGCCAACGCUCGAGAUGUUCCGUGGUCGAAAUGGCCAAUCUUCUGGACCGGCGAGGAAAUUGGCUUCUCGUUGUUGGCCCAAGUACCCGGUGCAGGCACCGUGUAUCCAUUACUUGGACGGCCACAGGACUCUUUGCGGAAAGACAGUGGUGCUAAGUAUACAAUUGAUUACCCGCUUUAUGGAGGAGCUACAUAUGAUGCCUCGACCACAAAUCUGACCUACACCCUUCCCAUAUCCGACCGUGAGCUGGAAAUAGUUCUGUCUUUUCUAUCUCCAAUUACACCUACAUCGACUCUGCGGCAGUCAAUCCCAGCUUCAUACCUCAAUGUCUACGUCACCGGUAACGUCGAUGUCAACGUGUACGUCGACAUGAAUGGGCAAUGGGUCAGUGGUGACCGGGGAUCACAGCUUGUUUGGAAUUUCGACCAUAUCAAUGCCCAAAGCGGAGCCACCAAAUUGAAAAAGUGGCAGUUUGCUCGUCAAAAUGAGCUACUGGUUUCCGAGUUCGCAGACCGAGCUGAAUGGGGUACCUUGCAUUUUGUAGCACCCAACGAUGUACAUCACGAGUCUGGAACUUCAUCAAUAUUACGAGAUCGUUUCGCUCGCACAGGUACUCUACAAGACGCUGUAGACACCCACUUCAGAGCCAUUAUGGACGAAGAACCAGUAUUCGCGUUUUCCAAACAUUUCGCUCUCAAUACCACCCAUUCGUUGACUAAGUCCGGCUCUGUGCAGUUUACCAUGGCUCAUACUCAGGAUAUUGUCGUCCAGUAUGCCUCUGCACGAGGGCUAACUUAUAUGCGACCCCUUUGGAAAUCCUGGUUCAACACCAAUGACGAACUGUUAGCGUUUCAUUAUGGAGAUUUUGCGGAUGCCAAUACCCUGGCGUCUAAUUACUCAAUUCAGCUGGCCGUAGAUGCAUACAAGUCGGGCGCUGAUGACUACGUGGAUAUUGUUACACUUUCUGCCCGCCAGGUGCUAGGCGCUACCAGUUUUGCUGGAACUCCGGAUAAUCCCUUGCUGUUCCUGAAGGAGAUUUCGUCUGAUGGUAACACUCAAACAAUUGAUGUCAUAUAUCCUGCGUUCCCCUUCUUCCUGUAUACCAGUCCUCGUUGGCUGGCCUAUCUCCUGGAGCCGUUGAUUGAACACACAUUGAGCGGACAAUAUCCAAACAAAUACGCUAUGCAUGAUCUCGGAACACACUUCCCGAAUGCGACAGGACAUCCAGAUGGAAGAGAUGAAUACAUGCCAGUCGAAGAGUGCGGAAAUAUUCUAAUAUUGGGCUUAGCCUUGGUGAAUUCCUUACGAUACAGCGAUGAUCAGGAGUCGAUUUCUCUGUGGGCUGAUCAGGGUGCCAUGGCGCUAGAAUCGACAUAUGACCAGGCACCUCCAUUUACUCUAGUGAACCUUCAAACAAUUUCCGAGAUUGACCAUCAAGAUGGCAAAUGGGGCGGACAGGGUCGUGGUGCGAAGCAUGCCCGCCAGUGGGUUCAAAGAAGCUAUGACUUGUGGAAGCAAUGGACGGGUUAUCUCGUAGAUUUCUCACUGGAACCGGAGAAUCAGUUAUCUACCGAUGACUUUGCUGGAUGGCUUGCGCUCCAGACCAAUCUUGCCCUGAAAGGCAUUAUUGGCAUCAACGCCAUGAGUCAAAUCGCAGAUAUAGCAGGCGAGGCGUCAGACGCAGCUUAUUUUAAGCGCAUUGCGGACGAUUAUAUUGAGAAAUGGGAGGAAUUCGGCAUGUCCCGUGAUGGAUCACAUGCCAAAUUGGCAUACGAUUGGCAUGGUUCAUGGACCACUUUGUAUAACAUAUAUGCCGACGCACAACUCUGCUUCCAUCUGGAUGGCAUAGGCGACGCAUAUGACGGGUUGAUGCAGACACCGUUGUCAACUAAAAAGCGUGGCUUUGUACCAAGGCACAUUUAUCAGAAACAAUCGAACUGGUACCAUUUCGUCCGACAAAGAUAUGGCCUGCCUCUUGACAGUCGUCAUUUGUACACCAAAACAGACUGGGAAUUCUUCUCCAUGGCCGUUGCUAGUGAACAAGUCCGUAGCGAGAUCCUUGAAUCCGUGGCUACUUGGGUGAAUGAAACCGCAACCGAUCGACCCUUUACUGACCUCCACGAGACAGAGGGAAAUGGCGGUUAUCCUGGAAUAUUUUUCAUUGCCCGUCCUGUCGUUGGAGGCCAUUUCGCAUUUUUGGCUCUGCAACGGGCUUGUGGUGGCAGAGCGAUGGAUGGAUUGUCUUUCUUGAACGAUGUUGACCCUGAUUCGGAUACUGCUGCUGCUGCUGCUACCGAAUUCAACCGUAUUUCACGGCUGUCAUUGGAUGACGAGUUAUAA